AGCUGCCGCAAACAGACGCGCUUGGUGAACACGAAAGCCAGUCGAGUGUUGGAAAUUUCGUACCAGAGCCGAAAUAAAAUGUUCUAGCGGUGCUGUGUGCUAGGAAUGUCGACAGCUACGACAGCACAUUUAAAAUAAACCGAAUUUACAACAAAACAAACACGUAUAAUGAAAAUAUGUUGUAUCUGUGACGGUGUUGGUUACACGAGUCCCCAGUAGACUAAUUAGUGUAGUUAUCAGCAGACUGCAAAAGUGACAGUAAUACAAAUAAGAAUUGUCUUUCAGGAAAAAGAAAUGUGAAACGGAAUUUGUUUUUAUAGACAUAUUAAUAUAGGCACUUUAACUGUAUUUAUGACGCAACUGACGAGUAAAAAUAUUUAAUUACAAUAUUUCAGAGCUAAUAUAUAAAACGCCUAAAAGUAACACAGACUCCACUGUUAUGGCAACGGAUGAAUAUUCACUUCGACUGUGCUUCAGAAAAUUGGAACGAGAUACAAUUGUUCGACGAAAAGGCACUUGUUAUACAACAGAAUUAAUAUAAAUAUUAAAUCUGUCUAAAAUCAUUCAAUAUACAUGACGACGUGUAAAUCUGACAAAUGAUUUAGUCACGAUUAUUAAAAUAAAAAACUGUUUGUUAACUAAUUCUAAGAGUUUUAGCAGCAGCGACCAUGCCAUCGAGGUCACCAGCUCUCCUGUUGUUUGUCCUGAUAGCGGUACCGUUAGCAACAAUAAAAGGAUCCUCAAAAUUUAAUAAUGAGUUAAUGCAAGAUGGUGAUAAAGUUAAACAAGAGAAAGUGUUAGAACUGCUGGACCAAUACGUGCUUCAUGUAGACAGAGGUCGGACGGACGAUCAGACAGAAAGGGCUCCGGAUCUCUUGGACCAAUAUGUUAUGCACGUGGACAGAGGAGCACGUGUUGACUUGGAAGCAACCAGAGGUUGGAAGUGGGAUAUACGUCAUCAGGCAGGCGUACAAGAUCGAGAAUCAAGAAAAGUUGUGUUGCAGAAUUCGAAAGAUCUGACACGCCGAGGAAGUAGGAGGAACCAGAUACAAAAUACCACACAUGAAAGAGAUGGAGGUCACAAAUGGGGAGCAUUACGAGCGACAGACCGUGUCAGAAGGAAUAUUCAUGGAACUGAGAAGGGCCAGAAAGACCUGACAAAUCCAAAGGAUCGUCUGCGUUCGAAGCAUGGAAUUAGAGCUAGAAGAAGUUUAAGAGAAACAAGAACUGUGGAAGGUGUGGCAAUUUCAGGCAAGAGACCACAGGAAUACAGAAAAUGGAAUACCGCUGAUGUAAUGGGUCGGAACCCAGGACACUGGUCUAAAAGCUAUGUAAGAGAUGACGGCAAGGGGAUGGCGGAGGAAUUUAUUGCGGCAGAGUCUAGGCAGAGGCGUAAUAUUGAAGCUGGAAAUAAAACUGCUGACUCGGGGAAGGAAACUAACCGAGAUUUGAUCACUGGACCAUGGACACACACUGUGCAGCUGGACGAUUCUGUGAAUCUGAGUUGGAGUGUGAAGGACGGAGGAGAUGACAUCGAGUUCCUGGUAGAGGCGGCUACCAGAGGCUACGUGGGGGUGGGGUUCUCGCCAGGAGGUGGAAUGGCUGCAGCUGACAUCAUCCUGGGCUGGGUAGACGACAACACCGGUGAAGUGUAUCUCGUGGACUCGCAUGGACAGAACACAAAUGGUGCGCCAGUAGCUGACCCAGAGCAGGACUGCUCUCUGGUCGGAGGCCGACAGAACGAGAGCCACACCGUGGUUAGAUUUCGACGAGCUCUGGAUACGUGUGACAGAAACCACGAUUACGUGCUGGGGGGAGAUACUGUACGAGUGAUAUGGGCAACCCAAGAUUCGGACCCAACGUUGGAUGGUGGGGAGAUUGUGGGCAUGACUUGGCACGGCAAGGAACAUCGCGGGGUUCGACCCCUGCACCUACUGACCCCGCCCGUCAAAAAGGGAGCACCUCACGGGUCGCACACAAGACACUGGGACGUAACCCUUCAAAAUUUCACAAUUCCAGACAACAUGGACACACUCUACUGGUGCAAGAUUUUCAAAGUGCCCCCCAUGCAGAAGAAACAUCACAUGAUUGGUUAUGAGCCAGUACUACAGUCUGGAAAUGAGCAUUAUGUGCACCAUAUGCUGCUUUACGAGUGUGUGGCGCCUCACCACUUUGCAUCCACAGACUCCAUGUUCCAGAGAUUUGUGGAGCACCCUGGAGAGUCAUGCUAUUCCUCUGCUAUGCCUCCAGAAUGGGACCAAUGCAUUACCCCAAUUGUGUCAUGGGCAGUUGGCUCUCAAGGUGAGUUCCUGCCUAACCACGUAGGAUUACCUCUGGCUGACGGCAACAAGGCCAGGUAUUUCAUGCUGGAAAUUCACUAUGACAAUCCAAAAUUCAGACAAGUGAAGGACAGUUCUGGACUGAGGAUCCACUACACAAAAGACUUGCGGCAGUACGACGGUGGAAUCCUGGUGAAUGGAAUCACAAUCACUCCACUCCACAUUGUGCCUCCCCACCAACUGGAAUAUCGUACAGCAGGGUACUGCAGUUCACACUGUACCCAUAAGACAUUACCACAGACAGGAAUUAAGCUUGUAUCGGUGGUACUUCACUCUCAUCUGGCGGGCAAGAAGAUUCGGGUACGUCACAUCCGGGAGGGUCGCGAAUUGCCACGCAUUGCAGAGGACAACAGCUAUGACUUCAGCUAUCAGCAGUCAAGAAUACUACCCCAUGAGGUGGCAGUAUUGCCAGGAGAUGAACUGGUGACAGAGUGUGUGUAUCAGACACCCAACAGAACUGAGCCCACAUUUGGUGGCUAUUCAACCAAACAAGAGAUGUGUCUUGCAUUUCUACUAUAUUACCCACGCACCCAGCUGGCUGGCUGCUACAGCAUGACACCUGUUAAGUAUUUCUUUGAAACUUUCGGCGUUCGCCAGUUCUAUGAUGUCGACAUGGACACCGUGGAGAGAAUGAUUCUCAAAGUUCCCAUCCCAGACGAACAAGGCUCAAACCGAAUACCACGUUCUACAACAUCAACUACCACAAGCACUGCAGCGAGUUUCCCAACUGGAGCUAAUGGUGCUCUGGAUGAGGAGGCAAACAGUCGGGCAAUCUCAGCGCUGCAGCAGAUGAAGGAGUUCACAGUGGAAGCAGAAGAUGGCGAUGCAGCGGGCUCUGGGGGUCUGUUCGGUGAGCUGGUCAUCAGUGAGCCAGAAGAAUUUCAGAACAGAAGUUUCACAUCCCACUUAGUUGAGCUACCAUGGACUGAGAAACUGCUUACCCAGCGAGUGGAAGAAUCCUUCUAUGCUGGCAAGCACAUGGUAUUUUGCAGGAAGCAUGAUGACCAGCUUGCUAUACCUCUGAGCAUAACGACAUUUCCCAAGUUCACGGAACUGCCAGAAGAUGAAACCAAGAACUAUUCACACUGCGAAGGGAAGAUCAGGCAUUCCCUAAGAACUGGAGACACCGCUGCUUCUUCAGUUGACGGCAUUAGUACCAUCCUGUUCCUAUAUCUCGCAGUCGAAGCUGUCAUCAUCAUCCAAAGAUUGUUACAACAAUAGUGUUCUGUUCAUGCUUCAAGUACUAGCGACACAGGGAGUGUCACAUGAAAACACGAGCAUCAGAACAGAACGACGUACGAGUAAAUGUCCUUCUGUUGCCUAGUUUAUAAAUUAUAAGCCAGGAAGAUAGAACUCCCCAUAUUUAAUCAAACUCUCAUGAAGACUGGCAUUUUACAUAGGUUGAUAAUACAUAAACAAAUAGGCUAACACCCUAACUAAUAAUGCUGUUCUUGACAGACGAAAAUCUUAGCCCCUUACUGUUUGUUUAUUCGCGUGAAUGUUAAAUCUGUCUAUUUCUUAUGUGAGAAUUGACUUCAUAUUAACUUGUCUCUUGCAGAUAAAGUUUCAAUCGGUUUUUUUCCGGGGCCGAAAUUAUUUUUAUUCUUCUACAAUUCAAGAAUUAUGUAGAUGGCUUUUUGGGCUUCUAUGAAUUACAAUUUUUGCGUGGUCUACCAGGAUCUGUUCUUCCUUUGGGCCUAUAUCGAAGAAUUUUCUUCGAUAUUCGUCCUUCUUCCGCCCUUUCUACAUGCUCAAGCCAAUCUUGUCCGUAUUUUCUUGUCCUGCCAUUCAUUCAGAGCACUCUUAACUAUGUAUUUAAAUUUAUUUCGAAUCAAUAAAGGCAGAAAACAAAUCAGCAUUAGUAUAACCCAGAUCGAUUAAUUUCUAACUUUGCGUUCACUUUUUAAUAGGCUGUUCCUAUUUACAGAGCAUGUCCUUUCAUUUGCAUCAUGUUGCCCAUAAAGCCCAAAAUCUCUGCUAAGUUUCAAGACUAAAACAAUGUUUCGCGGUUAAAAAAAAAACUUUAUUCAUAUUCUUUUUGCCUUUUAUUUUCAUAAGAUGCGGGCACCGGGAUAGCUCAGUUGGUAUAGUGACUAGGUUACAAGUUGGACAACUGAUGAAUCUCGAUUCAAUUCCCAGAAAGGAUUUUCACUUCUCUACACCGUCCAGAACUGACCCUGGUGACCGUCCCACCUCGUAUUUUAUUUGCCGAGAGCUGUUCCCCCGGAAACAGCUGAAGCAUCUGGGGUGUGAAGGUGACCACUGACCAUUCACUUCCUUCUACUACCAAAGUUAUGUAUGCAUGGAGCUAUACUUCUCCCGCGUAACUAUUAAUGUCGUGUUGCUUAAUAAAGUACAGGGACAACAUUACAUGUUGAUAUGUUGAUACAGCACCCAACAAACUUGUUAGAAUUUACACCCGUACAAGAUGUUAAUCUGAAGUGUUAGAUUAAUCAACUUAAACACUUCUGCAUUUAAACAUCAAUUACGUAAGUAAA